CGAGCUGUCGUCGGAGUAACAUCGUUUUUUUCGCUUUAUUUUUAUUUCUCUCAAUCUACUUUCUUAAUCGAGUGUACACAUAUAUUCGUAUACGUAUAUAUAUAUAUAUAUGUACACACAUGUAUAUAUAUAUAUGUAUCCGAAAAGCAUGUAUUAUCGUAAAAAUCUUCUUCAAAUUAAUUACUCGAUAAGAUAACAGUGAAAAGGAAGGUUUGAUUUUACUCGUCAAAUAAUUUCCCUUAUCGAUCGUCUUCGAAAAGAGUAACGCUGCGUAUAGACAUCGUCUGUCGAUAAACGUUUACAAGUAAUAGAAUUGAACGAGGUAAGAGUGGUGUUAAAGGGACAAGGGACAAGGGAUAUAAGGGUAAGGGUAAGGGUAAGAGGGUGAAGGAAACAUGUCUUCGUGCAGUGAACUGUCUCGUUCUCAAGAAUAUCAAAGCUUUCGAAGUUCUGUUCCCCUGAGAAAAAUCGUCGUCGACGUCGACGGUACAAAGGGAUGGAAAAUUUACGAUUCCAGUCCUAAGACAGUCAAAUGUCCACUCAUUUGUCUUCCUCCUGUUAGUGGUACUGCCGAUGUUUUUUAUAAACAAAUAUUAGGCUUAGCUGCUAAGGGUUACAGAGUCAUAUCGGCCGAACCACCGGUAUAUUGGAACGUCAAAGAAUGGUGUGACGGAUUUCGAAAACUUUUGGAUUAUAUGGGACUCGAUAGGGUUCAUCUAUUUGGAGCCUCGUUAGGUGGAUUCUUAGCACAAAAAUUUACCGAGGUAAAUGCUUACUGCCCGAGAGUAGCAUCUUUAAUUUUAUGUAACACGUUUACAGAUACAUCUGUAUUUAGUUACAACGAUUCCGCUGCAGUUUUUUGGAUUUUGCCGUCGUUGGUAUUAAAAAAAAUGGUUAUGGGAAAUUUUACGACCGAGAAGGUUGAUGGAGAAAUUAUCGAAGCUAUCGAUUUUAUGGUCGAAAGAUUAGAAAGUUUAAAUCAGCCGGAAUUGGCGUCAAGAUUAACCAUGAACUGUAUCAAUUCUUAUGUGCAACCAGAAAAAAUUUGCAAUUUGCCAAUAACUAUAAUAGACGUCUUCGACGAGUACGCUUUAUCGAAUUCAGUCAGGGAAGAAAUGUAUAAAUGUUAUCCGAAUGCUAAAUUAGCACAUUUAAAAAAUGGCGGUAACUUUCCAUAUUUGAGCCGAUCAGCUGAGGUCAAUUUACAUUUACAGGUAGAUAUAUUAAUAUUUGUUCACAUACUUCUUUUUCUCCGUCCUUCUUCUUUUUUUUUUUUUUAUCGUCGUCAUAAUUAUUAUCAAUAUUAUCGAUUAAUCAUUAUUGCAAAUCUUUUUACGAUUGUCGUUAUAAUUAUUUCUCUUGUUCCUUCUUUUUCUUUUCUUCGUUUUCUUUUUGCAGAUACAUUUGAGACAAUUCGAAGGAACGGAAUACUCGGCUUCAAUCAGAACGAAAACUUAACGAAUUGUAAAAAAACUUAGAGAUUAGUUUUAUGUACAUAGUCAACACAACGUAUACUUAUAUUCUCUUUUACUAAUACAUAUUCACAUUCGACAAUAUUAACACAAGCUUCCAUUAUCGAUAUUAUCGAACAUAUGUGUUUGUAGAUCAAUGAUCUAAGAGAAAUCAUGCGAAAUUACAUUCGAGUGAAAUUCUAUUUCUUUCGAGAUAUAUAUAAAUUCAUUUUUGAUAAGACUGCAUGUAAUACUUGUUUCUUCUAUGUUUCUAUGUUUCUUUUCUUUUUUCUUUUGUUUACAAAAUUUUUUUAUCAUUAUUAUUAUUAUAUCUCGUGUUAUCUCGUUAAAAAAUUCACACGGCGAUAAAAUGUUUAAAAAAAGAUCUCACUGAUUAAUUCCAUCGGUGUAAAAAUUUCUUACAUAUAUAUACAUAUAUACAUAAUAAAAUAUGCAAGUAUACUUAAUUUAAUUUGUAUAUAAUAAGUAGAAUAAUCAACAUAGACAAAUCUCAAGAUAAGUGUAUCAGAAUAUUAAAUACGUAAAUGUUAUAUACACUUUUGUUAUAAAAAAAGAAAGAAAUAAAACAAACAA